AUGGCUCCCAUUGAUCCCCACUCUUUCACCCAAGUCUCUCAUCCUCUCACCACCCAUGUCGCUCUCUCCCUUUACCUCGAUUUCAACACCUCCAUCAUCCAUGGCUCCGCUCUCCUCUCUCUCUCCUCCGCCUUCUCCGGCAACCUGUCCCUCGAUUCCCGCUGCAUUUCCAUCGAUACGGUCCUGGAUCCCCAAACUCUCGAGCCACUCCCUUACACCGUCUCCGCUAACCCGGAUCCAAUCCGAGGCACCGAAAUAGUCGUUGCCCUCUCUGGUCAGUCUUCACUGCUUCUCGUCUACUCCACCUCGCCUUCCGCCUCCGCUCUCCAGUGGCUAUCUCCUCUCCAAACCUUCUCCAAGACGCAUCCCUAUGUCUACACGCAGUGCCAAGCGAUUCACGCCAGAUCCAUUUUCCCUUGCCAGGACACUCCCGCCGCGAGGAUCCGCUACGACGUCGUCAUGAACAUUCCGGCUUCGCUCUCCGCCGUCAUGUCGGCCCGCCACGUCCGCCGUAGGCUUCCGGUUCUCGAGGAGGCCAAACACCUCCAGGCGGGGUCGUCGCUGUGGUGUGCCGAGGACAGGGUCGUGGAAGAGUUCGUAAUGGAACAGCCUAUACCGCCGUAUCUAUUCGCGUUCGCCGUAGGCGAGUUAGGGUUUCGGGAAGUCGGGCCUAGGACUCGGGUAUACACAGAGUCAGCUGCCACCGAAGUUCUCGAUGCGGCGGCCCUGGAGUUUGCAGGAACGGAGGAGAUGAUCAGGCAAGGAGAGAAGCUGUUUGGCGAUUACGAGUGGGAGCGAUUUGACUUGCUGGUGCUGCCUCCGAGUUUUCCAUAUGGAGGGAUGGAGAACCCAAGAAUGGUUUUCCUGACGCCCACUGUGAUCAAAGGGGACGCCUCUGGGGCUCAGGUUGUAGCGCACGAGCUCGCACAUAGCUGGACUGGGAAUCUGAUCACCAACAUCAACAACGAACAUUUCUGGUUGAACGAGGGAUUUACAACUUACGCUGAGAGGAGAAUUGUGGAGGUUGUUCAAGGGGCGGAUAGAGCUACUUUGAACAUUGGCAUUGGUUGGAGGGGUUUAACUGAUGAAAUGGAACGUUUUAAAGACAACUUGGAGUGCACAAAACUGAAGAACAAUCAAGAAGGUGUUGAUCCAGAUGAUGUUUAUUCUCAGGUCCCAUAUGAAAAAGGCUUCCAAUUUGUGUUUCGAAUUGAACGCCAGGUUGGAAGGACUGCUUUUGACGAUUUCCUCAAGAAGUACAUUGCUACUUUCAAGUUCAAGUCGAUCGAUACAGAUACAUUUCUUGAGUUCCUAAAAGCAAACAUCCCUGGCAUAGAGAAAGAGAUCAACCUGCAACUGUGGACUGAGGGAGUUGGUAUACCGGAAGAUGCAUAUGAACCAGUCUCAACCAUUUACACAAAGAUCAUCUCCCUCGCAAAAGAGUUUAAGGAAGGAAAGAUGCCAAGUGAGGAUGAGGUUGCUGAGUGGAACGGACAGGAGUGGGAGCUCUACUUGGAGAAUCUUCCUAAAACAUGUGAACCUUCUCAGGUCAUGGCCUUGGACAAGCGGUACAAGCUGGCAGAAUCGAAGGACUACGAAGUGAAGGUGUCGUUUCUGCAACUCGCAAUCUCAUCCAAGUGCAGAGAGUACCAUGGGGAAGUGGAGAAAAUGCUAAAAGCGGUUGGAAGGAUGAAGUACCUGCGUCCACUCUUCACUGCACUUGCACAAACUGGUGGAACCGAAGAGAAGCAGCUGGCGAAACAGGUGUUUGCAGAAGCUCGAGAAACUUACCACCCCAUAGCUCAGGGAGUGGUCGAGUCUAUCCUCUCUAAGUACAUCUAA